CUUCAGUCUCUCCUGACUCCUGGUGCUGUGAACAAAUCAUCAGUAUCAAAAGACAUGGGCUUACUGCAAGUCUUUCUACUCUCUGCUCUCGUAGCAGCCGGACAAGCAGGUCCAAUAAAGACAAUCCAAGCAGACAAUACACUCUGCUCGCAAACAUGCACAGAAAACAUCAAAUUCCAAUACCGACCCGGCUUCAUCUACCAAUACAAAUACCAUGCCCAAACCACAAACAAAAUGAAUGGUGCUAGCAACAACGAAGCCACGAUGACAAUUGAUGCCAAUGUUCAGAUUGAACCCGUGUCUCCAUGUUCACUCCUUAUGAGGGUGACAGACGCCGGUCUUCAGAACUCAGGUGAUACUUCGCAACGCCAAGUAUUCAGUGACGCCAUCACCAGAUAUCCUUUGAAAUUCACACUCCAAAAUGGAAGAAUUGAAGAUGUCUGCCCAAUGACUGAAGAACCCAUCUGGGUUUUGAACAUCAAACGUGGUAUUCUGUCGGCCUUCCAAAAUUCCAUGGACACUUUGGACAGAGAUGUGAACAUAACUGAGACUGACGUUGUAGGCAGUUGUUUGACCAAAUACAACUUGAAGGAAAGCAACGACCGUAUGAAGACCGUCAUGAAGAGCAAAGACUUGCUCAACUGCAAUGACCGAGAGUCGUACCGUGUGGCCAUUCAGUCAGUCAAAUACAACGUGCCAUCACAUGUGAAAUCACUCCCUCUGAUGAAGAGUUCUUCUGAAUGCACUCAGACAUUGGACAUGUCCAAUAGCAUCAUGAUGAAAUCCGUUUGCGUUGAGGAACACAUCUUCCGCCCAUUCUCGAAUGGCAACAGUGGUGCGAUGACCCACCAACGACAAGUCCUGACUUUCGUCGACAGACAGCGUCCAAGUGUGCAAACCUAUGAACGCUACGGCUACAGAACGAAUCUGUUGUUCCAACAUGAACAUGGCAUGCCCAACCAAAGAGAUGCUGAACAGACCAUUCUGUCCAAGCUGCAAGAACUCUGCCAAGUAAUGAAGGACGACGUGAGACCCGAGUUACCGAAAAUGGUAAACAAUCUGAUUGACAGUAUGAGACACGUGGAUUCCGGGGUUUUGAAGAAGAUCCACAACAAAAUCUCCAGAACCAGUUUCUGCCAACAAAAUGUCGAAAUACCAAAGAAGUACUUCUUGGAUGCCAUUCCAAUGGUAGGAACAACAGCUUCAGUUCAGAUGAUUCAAGACUUGAUCUCUCGAAAACACGUGACUGGUGCUGAUGCUCAGCUGUGGCUUUUAUCUCUUUCCUUCAUUCACCAUCCUUCGAAAGAAAUGAUUGCUGCAAUCUCGCCUCUCCUGGACGACAGCGAAAUUUCUGGAAACACCAUCUUAGCCGUCUCAUCUCUUGCCAGUAGUUACUGCAGCGUCAGACCCAACUGUGGCGCUGACACUGAAAUCAACGAUCUCGUCGGAAAGUUGGUUCGAAUGAUCGGCAACUGUGACCAAUCCAACUCAAAGACCAUCCACGCUCUCCGUGCCCUUGGAAACAUCGGCCACACUGCCCAGGCUGUUUCUCGUUUAUCCAGAUGCUUCACUAAAAAGAGCAACCCAAUGGACGUUAGAGUUUCUGCUAUUGAUGCAUUCCGUCGUAUACCUUGUGACGCAAUGCGCUCAGACUUGAUGGGUGUUUUCAGUGACGUGACUGAAGACUCUGAGAUUCGAAUCAAUGCUUACCUCGCUCUUAUGAAAUGUCCCAAUGAAAUGAUACUCAUGGAUCUACGAGAUAUGCUGCAGAAGGAAACAUCAAACCAAGUUGGAUCUUUUGUGUGGUCGCACUUGACAAACCUGAUGGAAACAUCUGAUCCUCAUCUCCAACACAUCCGAUCAAUCCUUGAGGACGAGAACCUAAAGAAAGAAUUCAACCUUGACAGUCGCAAGUUUUCUCGCAAUUACGAGGGAUCUUUCUUCUUCGAGAGUAUCAAUACAGGAGCUAAAAUGGACAGCAAUGUCAUCUUUUCUUCCAAGUCUUUCAUCCCACGUUCCGCUAACCUUAAUUUGACUGUCGAUCUCUUCGGACACGCAAUCAACAUUCUGGAAGUCGGUGGACGUAUCGAGGGUUUGGAGACAUUCCUGGAAAAAUACUUCGCAUCCUACAAGACCUCAAAGGACGCUGAUGCUGAAAUGGACAAAAUCAAAGCCGCCAUUUACAUGAGGAUGUUUGGCAAUGAACUCUAUUACCAUAGCAACGUUUUCUCCGAUCCGAUGUCUCUGUUCAAGAAAGGCGAAUCCUCCCUUCUGAAGAACAUGCAGCUCCUUGACAGUCGCAUGGUGAUCCCUACCUGUAUGGGUCUCCCAUUGAACCUCACCGUCACCACAACUGGGGGCAUCAACUACGACAGCAAACAUGCUUUUACAAAGGGCAAAUUCAACGCCGAAAUCAAACUGAGUGCUGCCAUUGAAGUAAAAGGUGAGAUGUGUGUUGACGCACACGUGACUAAAACUGGUCUGAAGAUGCUGACCCGGGCCCACACCAGUUCUGGAGUGGAGGUCACCACCAACAAGGAACGCGCUGAAAUUCGAUUCCCUCGCAAGAAGACUGAAAUCUUCAACCUCAAGAGCGAAUUCUACACAAUCCAAGGAGAAACCGAGAAGAAGGAGAACUUAAUCACCAGCAAUAUCCAGCAAUCCAAGAGCUGUACUGGCCAAACAAUGAAGACCAUCACUGGUUUCAGAUUCUGCCAGGAAUUACAAUAUGUUGACGCUUCCUCAAACAAAAUGGCUCCAUUCUUCCCCUUCACCGGACCAUUCGCCUAUGACCUUUACAUGAUCAAUGAAGACGCUCCCAACAAUUACAUCAUAGAAGCUGAUUUCCCGGGACCCAACGGCUAUGUAAUGCUUGAUACCCCAGGGUCAAAGGUACCCAGAAAAUGUCUCUUUAAGCUGGAUGGUAACACAGUUUUUGUAUCAUUACCAUGGAGAAACUUAAAGAUGGAAGGAACCCUUAUCAACAGUCUUUCUCUGAAGUCUGUAGCCGGACAUGUGCUUAUCGACAACAAAGAGUACAAAAUGCUGGCCAAAGUCGAAAUUGAAAAUGCAAAGAACGUCUUCAAGCUUGCACCCAAAUUUGAACUCACUUCCCCGAAAACGAAAUUCGCUGCGAAAGCAAACUUGGAAUAUAUGGCAAGGAAGAAUUUGGACCUGAGCGCAUCAGUCACAGGAUCGAUGCUUGAACCAAUCUCAUUGAAAGUGUCUGCACAAAAUGUACCCAAAGGAAUGGCAGCAACUUCUGUUUUGAAGCUCGGCAAAAAGGAAUACAACUUGAUCACUCGUCUUGGAAAGAUUCCCAAAAAGUCUGGUUUCAAAUAUAGUCCUUACUUAAAGGUUACGAUGUCGGGUAAAGAUGUCGUUGUGUUCGAAUCCACAAUCAGCCAUGAUGGAAAAGGCAAGGGAAAUCUGGAAAUGAAUCUUGACAAAGUGUUCUCCAAACCAAUUUAUCUGAAUGCACUUACUUCAAUGAAUGUUGGUAAAGCCAAGAGCAGGGACACUGCCCGAAUCAUAUUUAAGUCACCACAGGGUAGUUGCAAGUUGAACAUUGACUUAGACUCCAAACCUCUCGGAAUCAGCAGCAGAAUAAUCGCCAUUUACAACUUUGGUGCCAAAUUUUCGGACCGUCUUACGCUUUCUGCCAAGACAAGAACCGUCAGAACCAAGAACGCCGCUACCUACUCCGGCACCGCUGACUUGAUCAGCAAGAAGAGCAACUGGCUGAAUUUCAACGUGAAGAGCAAGCUGACCAAAACUAACAACCACCUGGACACCAAUGUGGAUCUCACUUAUGGCAACCCGAAAAACAAGGCCCUCAACAACCUGAAGGUGAACUCAGUCAUCAACUACAAGACGAAAUCAGUCACAAGAGAAUGUAACUUUGCUAUGUCAGUGAAACAUCCCGGACAGAAUGUCAACUUCCACGUGAAGGCCGACCAUUUCCACACUGCAACCUCCCCCAUGAGGAAAAUUGAGAACAAUAUCAUGCUUCAAGUCUCUCCUCGCUACUUGGUAAAAACUGGUUUGUUUUACAGCAACGUCAAAGUGAAGGGCUUGCAGAACACCGACGUCAAGGUGUCUCUUGCUUAUCCCGAUAGAGUCAUGGAAUUCGAAGAGAAAUUGGUUCAACUCAACACAAACACUUACGAGAAUGAAGUAUGUGCCCAAUGGCAAAAGGACACCAUGGUAAAAGUGAAGACAACUUUCAGGAACAGUCCCAAAGUUGUGAUGGUUGACAACCAGCUCACCUUACCCAACCAGAAACAAGCUAAACUGACCACCACUCUCAACAUGGCUGAUCGUAAUUACAAAGCAAUGGCCGAACUUCACGUUGACAAACAGAUUCUCUCCCUUGAGCAGAACAUUGACUACAAAGCUGUCGCCUCUGUUCAAUAUGAUACCAGUAAAACUGAUAUAUCCGGCAACGGAGAUCUUUUGUUAGAAUGGGCACAGGAUCGAAAAAUAAUUGCUACUGCAUCGUUAGUCGGUGUAGUUGGAAGGAGAUCAACCACCAAAUUUAGCAUCACUACACCUUUCAGAAGUCUUCAGAGUUACAGUGAAACCAUCGAACGUAUUACCACCAACAAGAAAUGUUUGUAUUCUUCCCAUAGUAUUUUGAGAAGCAACGACAACACAGAUGAGAUGAAACAAGACAUGACUUUGAAUUCUUUUGACAAAGAAUUUGAAUACAAUUUCUCGCACAUGCGCAACCGAGUUACGACAGAUGUGAAAAUUGCUUUGAAAAACAACGACAUCAAAAAGACCGCCAUGAUGUUGGUGAAACAAGACAAGAAAACCUAUCUUGAUGUGAGUAUGGCCCAUAAUGUUGACAGGAGUCAGAUGAACAGUGAUGCAAGCCUGGCUUUUGAUAUGUUUGAUGCUAAAGGUCACAUGAAGAUUGCUCUGGAGAGCGAUGAUCGAGAAAUGACUUCAAGCGGAGACUGCGAAAUUAAUCUGCCAAAUUACAGAAUCAACUCCAUCGGUGGUUCAUAUUCUCUGAAGCAUAACCAAGCUAAAUCUUCGAUUAAUCUUGGCUACACCAGCUCUUUGCGUUAUUACAAAAACGGAGAGAUAUCAGCUGUGCUAGUGAAAGGUUUGCCCAAGAGACUGAAGGGUAGCGUGACAGUUACAAGUAACAACAGGGAGUUAAUGAAAAUGAAUACUGAAUACACGAGACAGAAAGACAACUUCGAUGUGAAUGCUCAAAUGACAGGACCCGAUGGUAAGACGAUGACAGCCUCCUUUAACUUGAAUAUGUCUGGUGCAAGGAAAACAUCCCAUGCCGAAAUAAAGUCAGGUUCCAUCGAUGCCUCAGUGGACGGUGCCGUUGAAUUCGAAGCCGGCCGCUAUUUUGAUAGUGAAAUACGUAUCGGAUCUGGUGGUAAGAAUCUUUUGUUAUCUGGAAACUACAAGAUAGAAUCUUCCAGCCAUAAGAUAAAUGUUCAUUUAGGACUUCCAGACAGCAGACAAAUCAAGGCUCAAACUGUAAUCCUUAAUGGAGAGAGGAAAACAUAUUCUUUCAAUGUUGACAGUCCUGACUUUCCUUCCCUUACAAAUAUGAACAUGGAAGUUUCUUACCAAACAGGAGGCCAAGAUUCCAUGGCUAGGGCAUCGGUGAAAGUUUUGCCCUAUCUGGAGCAACUACAAUUGAAAGCAAGCCAAUCAAGGGACAGGACAGAUGCAAGUAUUGAACUCGAAACUCACUCUGAUACCAUAAGACAAGGAAAAAUGACACUGUCGCUAAAAGGUAACUGGAGACGAUAUGAGAACAUUAAUUUUGAAACUGAAUUCAACGAUAGAAAACUGUUUGUCUUCAAAGGUUUGUACAACGUGAACAGUGUGGACGAUUUCAAAGUAAAUAUGGUUGCUACCACAUCUCAUAAAAGGUAUAAUGAAUUCUCUUUUGAUAUCACACAUCAAAAUAUGGAGUCUAGCCUCCAGAUAAAGGCAGCCAGGGAAUUUAUGUUCAACAGCAACAUGAAGAACCAACCAAAACACACACAAAUCUCCUCCAAGAUUAGUCUGAGAAACUACGACGACUGGGAAACUCAAUUUGUUAGGACUGGCGACUUCGAUGACAUGGUCAUGACUCUGUCACACAAAAUUGGAAACAGCGACCAAUACACAAGCGACAUGUCGAUCCGUAAGUAUGGCAGAGAGGUCACCUUACAGAUUGUUACCCCGAAUGGAGUGAAAUUCAAUAUGGACUUGAUGGUGGACCCUGAGGACAUUUCUCUCGGACUUGACCUUUACCUCCACACACCUUCUGACAACUACGAAAUCAAUGCCGCUUACAACCAUAUGUCGAAAAUCGCGCUCAAAGUUGUGUUUCCAACCCACAAGUGUCAAAUGUUAAUGAAACUGAGCGGAGAUUUAGAAAAGUUCCAAUACCAAGCUGACAUCACUCACAAUAACGAGAAAUACGAAUUCAAUUUGUCCAACAAGGACUACUUCAGACGUAUCCAAGCCAGUCUGGGAACACCUUCAUUCAACGACCUUCUGGACUUCACACUAGACGGACAACCGGAGAUGUUCAACUUGAUCUUUGAGGCUAAACACAACGAAGAUGCCUUCCUGAUGAAAGUUUCCAACGAAAAAUUCUACAAAAAAAUCACCUUCGAUCUUAAAACACCUUUCAACUUUGAAACAUCUAUCAAGAUGGAUAACACUCUCAAAAACUUAAACGGUAUGUUCAGUGUUUUGAUAAGAAACACAAAAUAUGAAAUUGCUUAUUCCACCAAAGGCUAUUACGAGCAGAUGAGAGUAGCUAUGUCAAUUCCGAGACACCAGGUUGUUGUUAAAAGCAGCAUUGAUGCCAAGAAAAACGGCGUCACCGGCGAUGCUACCUUGGUCUACAACAAGAAAAGGGUCACUUUGGGAGGAUCCUACAAAAACUUUGGACGUAAGAUGGUUAUCAAGGGAGAUCUGAAAGCUCCUACCUUCAACGAUGACCUCACUCUUACCAUUUCCGGUAAAUUGAAGAAGUUCAACGUGGUUCUCAAACUGCAACACAACAAGGACAUUUAUGAAGUGACAGCCUCCAAUAAGGCAUACUACAAGACUUUGGACAUCAACGUCUAUUUCCCAGGAGUCAAAGCUAAGCUGGACUUUGAAGGAGAACUGAAAAGAUUCAAGGCCUUCGCCGGCGUGACCAUUGACAAACAACAAUACAAACUGGUUCUUUCCAAUCAAAAUUACAUGAAAGGAAUCAACGCUGAACUGACCACACCAGAACUUGGACACAACGAGCUGAAAUUUGACUUUGGUGGCGAAUUGAGAAAUUUCCAUCUUAACACUCAGUUACUGCGCAAGAAAACUGAAUAUUCUUUUGCAACCUCAGUAAAUGUUGACAGUCACUCAUACACCCUCAGCUUCAAGACACCCGUCUUCAGUUUGACAGGAGACGUCAUGAAUGGAUUUAAGUCUUCGAGCUUCAAGACAAAGUUGAUCAACAGUUACAACAGUUACCAAUUUGCUGCUUCCAACAUGAAUUAUUUCGAUUACAUGAGCUUCAAUAUGUCCACUCCUGAACUGGGUGUCCAGAAACUCACCCUCCAGCGACAGGACCGUUCUUUGUCUGUGCGUUUCCAGAACAACAACGACAUGUAUCAGUGUGAUAUCUCUUUAGAGAAUAAAGACAUUUUGAUCAGUUUUUCUUCUCCCGACAACAAAGGUGAGAUCAAGGCAAAAUUGAACGAACACGUCAAGGACUUUAGUCUGUCUGCUCAGCUGACCAACAACGGAAAAACUUACAAAGUGAAGAUGGUCAACGAUAACUUCAAACAAAUGGUCGCCCGUAUGACCAGGCCUUCUUCUGAUGACAUCGAAAUCUUGGUUGAAAACACCGGCAACAUUGCCAAUGGUAAGAGCCAUGUGAAGGCCACGUUUGGAAACUACCUUUUGGAUAACAAUGUCGAUGUUCAACUGAACCAGAGACAGUUCGUGAUGCAAAUGAAAUCAUCGGUGAAAUCAAGGCAAACAGCGAUCAACUUCAAUGUUGACAUUCAAACAAACUUUGAUACAAACGAGUUCAGCCAGUCAUUCAUCGUAAACAUGAAUGGAAGAAAGAGCUCAGUAAAGACCUACGUAAAUCUGUCACGUGGUUUGACAGCUUCUUUUGACCUCGAUAACACUUACACCGGCGACGUUCACAUGAAGGUCGAUAUUGAACCAAUGAAACUGAACCGGAUCAAAUCAUCAUUGGUACUGAAAUCUCAGUUAACAGGUGUCGUUACUCUGGUUUAUCAACACGAACUGACCAGAAUGUCCUUCAAAAGCAAAGCUCACAUCGAAACCGAUUCCAGUAGCAGACUUGCAGGCUAUGACGUAGAAGUAAGCUUCCAGCAGAAGUAUUCUUACAAUGUUAAGAUGGAUUACAAAAACGAAAAAUACGUCAUCACAUCGAAGGCUUCUCACGACGAUCGUUCGACAAGCGGAAACUUCCAAAUGAGGACUCCAUUGAGAAACUUGAAAGAUUUAACCAUCUCUGCUGAACUCGAUGCCAACAGGCUUAUGAAAGCAAGUGUUUCCCUCCCUAAACAGUUCUACGGUGUAAACUUUGUCAAUACCGGCAACGGCUUCAAUGUUGAGCUCGAUUUACAAAGAGACACCAGUGACAAGGAAAAGCAGUUUAAAACUUCUAUGAGAUACGUUAACAAUGACAGCCGAUCUACUUUCUUUAGAAAAAUCAUUUUGAAAGUGAUGGGCGAUAAUGGCGACUUGACUGGAAAUUUCCAUAUCCAGAAAUCUUCUGAUAUGUACACAGUGAAGGCUGAAUACAGUUGGGGAGAGAAAGACAGUCAGAAAAUAGGAGCAGAACUUCAAAUGAAAACUUCAAGCGGAAGCGAAGCACUCCUUAGUUUGAUCUUACCCCGUCGUACCAUCCAACUGACCGGAAAUGUUCAAAAUUAUCGUAAUCAACAUACUGCCAUGUUCACCUUGAUACCUGACGCCAACAACAGAAACGAGAAGAUUGAAAUAACAGCCGAUAUUUCUAUUGAGAGCAACAACAUCUACACCAUGAAUACGAUCGUCAAAUUCCCGAACCAGAAAAAGGGAAUGCACUUUAAAACAAUCUUCACCGGCCGCCGUGGUGACACCAUCUUCAGCAGCCGAUUCCAGUUCAGCGCUGACCAAGAUCCCCGCAAAGCAUUGACUUUGGAUAUGAAACUGGCUGACAACAGAGGCAACUACACUUUUGACUUCCACGUCGAGCAACCAUACACGAAACUCGCUUUCAUUAUGAUGGCCUACGCAGCUGCCAAAGAAGGACGAAUCAGCACCGGAGUGGAGCUCAACUACAACAGUCACAGACGUUAUUAUGAUAAAUACAUCAUCAGAACCGACAUCAACAAGGUCACACAGGAAGCCGUCUUUGAGGUUGUGUCUCCCAAGAACCAUAUUGAAAUCACAGGAUCCCUAGACACCAACAAGCAGUAUUCAGUGUCUUUGAACAAACGAGAAUCUGGUAUGAAUGACAUGCAGGCCACAGCAUCAAUCAGCCCCAACGCCAAAAAUAUGCACCUCCAACUAAACUACGACCAAGCCAACCCUGAAAAAGUGUUCCACAUCGAUGGAGAAGUCAUGGACAAAAAGCUUAUGAUGAAGGCCUACAGGACUUCGGGACAGCAGAAGGCGAACCGAGACGGAAAACUGAUCAUAGAAAUGAGACCCUCAAGCAUUCUGUUUUUCCAGCUUUUAUGGAACACCCAGAUGCUCAAGGAAAUCACUGAUUAUGGUUUUGUCGUAUUCCAGACCUACGGAGAAAAGAUCCAGACCUUUGGUGAAACUAUUGGAAAGAGUGUUUCUGAAGAAUUCGUGUCAAAAGUGCAAGAUAUUAAGAGAGUCUUCAAAGACGAUAUGGAACCAAUUGCCAACUACCUCCCUUCGGUUUACAACGACAUCUACAGGGACGUCGCUAAACACACCGCCAAAGUUGCCGAACUCUAUGGCAGGAAUGUCUUAUACAUGAAAAGCAUGGGUGAUUCGGUUAUGGGGGCCUGGGAAUCAAUGUGGACCAGCUACCAGAACAAUCUCGUAUACAUGAAGAGACAAAUGCAAGAAUUCAACGCCUACAUGAGCGACAAACUUGACGAAGCUAAAAUAAUGGUUGACUCAUAUUAUUCCGACUUCGAAAAUGGCUAUCAGGCUGCCAAGGCUAAGCUGUUCCACCAAAUUGAUGAAAUGUUCCUAUACGUUGAACAACAAUUUAACAAUGGAUUCGAACACUUCACCUCCCUCCACCAAGAGAUCAACACCUAUAUCAGCAAGUUCCCAGCUGUGAUGAAACGUGUCCAAGACCAGAUUAAGAAGCAUCCAUUAAUUGCCAAAGCUGUUGACUACAUGGUCAGCAUGUAUGAAGCAAUGAACAACAUGAAAGAGGAAUUCAUCGCCGAACACGGUGACAUCAGUGUACUCUCGCACCCAAUGGUCGACCUCCUGCUCAGCAUCUCCAACGAUAUUUACAAACACGUAUUGAAAUCCUACGGUUACUUACACCUUGAAGAAGUCCUUCCCGAUCUGAAAAACAAAGUCAUUCGAUUUGUGAAGAAAGAAGUCGCUACUUUGAAGAAAGCUUUGACAAGCAUCGAUCUAAAAGUCCUGGUAUUUGAUCCCAAGAACGGUGAGAUCAGCGCCCAACUUUACUAUCAUGGCUUAAUCAGUGCCUACAGACACCUAGAAGACACAAGCGAUUCUUUGGAUAAAGUCAGUCGUUCUUUCCAGAAGUACUCCAACAAGCUAUCGGCCUUCACUGACUGGACCGUCUAUGACACUUACUACCACGUCAAACCAUCCUCGGACGUCAAAAACUGGGUCCCACCAUUCAAAGCCCGUGCCAGUCUGUUCGGCGGAGAACACAUCACCACUUUUGAUGGACGCCACUUAAACUUCAAAGGAACCUGCAGCUACAUCCUGGCUCGCUCUGAAGGCAACUUCAAGAUCGUCGCUGAUUACAGGAACAAGGGACGCCAAGCAUCUGUUGAAUCCAUCUCAAUGACAACCAAGACUGGAAACAAGAUCAGAAUCACAAGAGAUUCCAAAGUUGAAGUCAACGACCGCGUCAGCAAACUUCCCGUCAGCCUCAGCGACGUCCACAUCCACCGCAACGGCGACCUCAUCGUUGUUGAGGGCACCAACGGAUACACCGUCAGCUGCAACCCCAAAUCCGAUUUCUACAUCGUUGACAUCAGCGGAUGGUAUUACAACAAGGUCGGAGGCUUAUUCGGUACCUAUGACAACGAAAAGACCAACGACAUGACCAUGUCCAACAUGCACGCCACCAACGACCUGCAAGAAUUCGCCAACUCCUGGUCCACCUCUCGCUCCUGUCGCUCCCAGAACCACGCCCGUGGUCAUAUGGUCCCUGAAAACCGAAAAUGUGCCGAAAUGUUCAUGGAACCAUCGUCACCUUUUAGGAAUUGCUUCAAACAGGUAAACCCCAAUCCAUUCUACCACGCAUGCGCAAGCUACAUGACCAGCGUCAACAAACCCUUGAAGGUCCUCUGCGAUGUCUCUUCUUACUACGUCAACCAAUGUCACUACAACGAUGUCCAACUACCAAUCCCGAUCCGAUGCUCUACCCACUAAACAUAAUUGAAGAUCGAACCCCACAAACUUUUCAUCACUUCAAUUUAAAUAACUAAUGUAAUGAACCAAUAAAAUUAUAUUUGCAUGUCAA